AUCCUCGAGAAACUACAAUGUUGGUGAAUGUGCUUCCCUCCCGAUGCUGUCUGGCGGUGCCGUGCGGAGUUUGGCUGAUGUAUUGUACUUUUCGUGCGGAUUUUAUUUUGGAUUUCUACCACUUCCUGGAGGCCAGGGGGAGGCACAGUGGGAGGAACCAAAAAACUCGGUGCCACAGCCAUUUUGUUUGUGGGCAGCAUGGUAGAAUUCUGUCAGUCAGUAUAAGGAGGGGUUUUUAAAACAGUAUUUAUGGAAAAACUAUUCUUGCCGUAACGGAUGUAUCUGUUGAAUUUAGUGUUAAUUUAGUCCUUUCAUAAGGAUGUUCGGGAAGCCCUUUGCAGCAUGGAGGUGGCUGGUUGUAGGAGAGCGAGUAUGCAGUCCAUAUUGUUACAGCCCUUUUGCAAGGGCUGCCUUCUUCGAAGGAACAUCAUUUGCAGCGGGCUAUCUCAGCACAACAAGUCUAUGGAGAGAAGAGGGAUAACAUGGUUAUACCGGUUCCAGAAGCAGAAAGUAAUAUUGCGUACUAUGAAUCUAUAUAUCCUGGAGAAUUUAAAAUGCCAAAGCAGCUGAUUCACAUACAGCCUUUUAGUUUGGAUGCUGAGCAGCCAGAUUAUGACUUGGAUUCGGAAGAUGAGAUCUUUGUGAAUAAGUUGAAGAAAAGAAUGGACAUCUCUCCUUUGCAAUUUGAGGAGAUGAUAGACAGACUAGAAAAAGGCAGCGGUCAGCAGCCAGUCAGCCUGCAAGAGGCCAAGCUGUUGCUAAAGGAAGAUGACGAAUUGAUCAGAGAAGUAUAUGAGUACUGGAUUAAAAAGAGGAAAAGUUGUCGAGGUCCUUCACUUAUUCCAGCAGUGAAGCAAGAAAAACGAGAUGGCUCCAGCACAAAUGACCCCUAUGUUGCUUUUAGAAGACGAACGGAAAAGAUGCAGACACGAAAAAAUCGAAAAAAUGAUGAAGCUUCUUAUGAGAAGAUGCUGAAGCUGCGGAGAGAUCUGAGUCGUGCAGUAACCAUCUUGGAGAUGAUAAAAAGGAGGGAAAAAAGCAAGAGAGAGUUGCUGCAUUUAACACUGGAAAUUAUGGAAAAGAGGUAUAAUUUGGGUGACUACAGUGGAGAGAUCAUGUCUGAAGUCAUGGCGCAGCGGCAGCCACUUAAACCCACCUAUGCUAUUCCCCUUAUUCCUGUGACUAACAGCAGUUCAUUUAAACACCAAGAAGCUAUGGAACUGAAAGAAUAUAAAGUUAAACAAGAUAAACCUGAUGUUAUUAGACCCAAAAGAAAGUAUGAGAAGAAACCAAAAGUCUUACCUUCGUCCGCUGCUGCUGCUCCUCAACAGACAAAUCCUGCUGCACUGCCAGUCUUUAAUGCUAAAGAUUUGAAUCAGUAUGAUUUUCCUAGCUCAGAUGAUGAACCUCUUUCCCAGGUUUUGUCUGGUUCUUCGGAGGCUGAGGAAGAAAAUGAUCCCGAUGGUCCUUUCGCCUUCCGUAGGAAAGCAGGCUGUCAGUACUACGCUCCUCAUUUAGACCAACCUGGCAACUGGCCGUGGAGUAGCCCUAAGGAGGGAAGAUUAGGAGAUGUGCGUUACAGAUACUGCUUAACCACCCUCACAGUCCCCCAGAGGUGUAUUGGGUUUGCACGAAGGCGGGUUGGCCGUGGUGGAAGGGUGCUACUAGACAGAGCGCAUUCGGACUACGAUAGUGCAUUUCAUCAUCUGGAUUUGGAAAGCUUUUCCUCAUCGCAACACUCUUCAAUCAGUCAAUUUGCCAAUACCUCAGAAACAAAUACCUCGGACAAAUCUUUCUCAAAAGACCUCAGUCAGAUACUAGUCAAUAUCAAAUCAUGUAGAUGGCGGCAUUUUAGGCCUCGGACACCAUCCCUACAUGACAGUGACAAUGAUGAACUCUCCUGUAGGAAAUUAUACAGGGGUUUAAAUCGAACAGGCACAGCACAACCCGGGACCCAGACAUGCAGUACCUCUAUACAAAGUAAAAGUAGCAGUGGUUCAGCACAUAUUGAAAGUGAAACAUCUUUGGGCCUGGUGCAUCACAUACUAAAUCACACUGAUGGCUCUAAGUCUCUCCAAUCUUCUGAAUUCACUGCAUUUACAGCCGAACAAUACCAGCAACAUCAACAGCAACUGGCACUAAUGCAGAAACAGCAGCUUGCACAAAUUCAUCAACAGCAAGCAAAUAGUAAUUCCUCUGCCAACACAUCACAGAACCUUGAAACUAACCAACAGGAAAGUGGCUUUCGCCUGAAUCUACAUCAUAGCCAUUCUGUAAAGUGUUUAGAAGGGACACUGCAGGGUUUUGUUUCCAAGACACUGGAUUCUGUUAGUGCUCAAUUUGCUGCUUCAGCUUUGGUUACAUCAGAACAGCUGAUGGGAUUCAAAAUGAAGGAUGAUGUGGUGCUUGGAAUUGGGGUGAAUGGCAUUCUUCAGGCCUCAGGAGUGUACAAGGGCUUACACCUCAGUAGUACUACACCUACAGCACUUGUCCAUACAAG